CCAAAAUUUCAAAUACUUUUCUGAUUUCGAAAUACCACCCUCAAAUCCGCCUCUCACAAUUCUCUCAUAAUCCGAUCUCGGCAAAGUUGAAACUACCUUCGUCUUCAUCUUCAUCUUUAUCUCUACCUAUUUCGUUCACCAUGGCUCGCACCAAGCAAACCGCCCGUAAGUCCACCGGAGGAAGGGCUCCACGCAUGGAACUGCGAACUAUAGCUGCUCGAGAGCGUGCCCCUCGGCAGGGAGGUGUCCGGAAGCCCCACCGUUACCGCCCUGGUACUGUUGCUAUCCGUCAGAUUCGUCGAUACCAGAAGAGUACUGAUUUGUUGCUCCGCAAGCUUCCCUUCCAACGCCUUGUUCGUGAGAUUUCCCAAGAUUUCAAGGCCCACGUCCGGUUCCAAGGCACGGCACUCCUUGCUCUUCAGGAGGCAUCGGAAGCCUACUUGGUUGGAUUGUUCGAGGAUACGAAUCUUUGUGCUAUUCACGCCAAGCGCGUGACAAUCAUGCCUAAAGAUAUUCAGUUGGCUCGUCGCAUCCGGGGUGAACGCGCUUAGACCUCCUCAAGACUUUGGAGAACGAACGAUUUUGGAUGAUUGAUGUUGCUUGGGAGACGACAACAAGGCUGUCUAUUUGGAUUUUGACUUUGACAGCACACACCAAGAGUCUCAGGUUGGGGCACUUCUCAUGUUGGGGGCCAUCACCAUCGCCAUCGCCGGGAAACCAUUUGUGCAAUGGCUACACUAGCCAUUCUGUAGUUUGAAAUAUUAGAUCCCUCAUUGAAACAAAAAUAUCUUUCUCACUUGUAGCUGUUUUAGCAUGUAGAUGCCCCAACGAACUCGUUAGAGUAGUAAACUUCAUUAGCCUUCUCUUUAA